ACAUCGGCCAUGUCGCCGGCGUAGAACUGUCAAUUAAACUUAACACCGCUAAGCUAAUAUCACCGUGAUAUAAAAUCAGCCAGCGUUCUGCUGUGCAUUAUAAACCCGUAUACAGCCCACCGUGUGCUUUCUGCUUUUCUUCACUUCCCGUCAAUACUCUUUUACAGUCGUUCGUUUACCAUGUUCAAGUCACUCGUUUCUGUUCUCGCCCUUGCGGCAUCUGUUGUAGCGGAGCCAGGCUGGUGGGGAGACAAUGACUGCCAAUCUUGUGUUCCAGCUCCUGCUUCAUGCAAAAAUCUUCCCGCCCAGUCGACCCAAGUCUGCUGGUCGUCUAUUCAAAACGCCCGCAUCAAUGUAGCUACUUGCGCUACCCCAAGCUCAACCAAAGUCGUGACCGUGACCUCGACUGCCAACUGGAAGCUGUGGCCAACCACAACUUCCAAGGUCACCUCGACCUGGCUAGCUACCCAGGUCGUUAGCGUCACAGUCACUUCAACAACCGUGCUCACUGAAUAUGGAACCGCCACCGAGACCGCCUGGGCCAGCGCAACUGCUACUAUUACAAGUGUCGAUCACACAGACGUCAGCACGACAAAGAUCAUCAGCACGAUUAGCACGAGCACGACUACCAUCAAUGUUGACCAGACCAAGGAGACCUGCCAGGCCAAGCGUGCAGCCGGUCCUAUCAAGAAGCGCGGCUGGAACGCUCUACCGGCGGAUUGCUCGUGCUUCCUAACCUCAACCACGACAAGCGGCAUCCAGACUUCCACCUCGACAGUCACUGUCACCCCAACUAUCACUGUUACAUCCACCAUCCCAGCGAAGGCCACAACGACCGAGACGCAGACAGUUACGAAGGUGGCAACCUGCACCACCGAGGGCUGGACCGCAACUACUAUUACGUCAACUUGCACGUCCACCACCACGCAGGUCAACACUGAAACGUGGACCAUCACUGCCACACAAACGAGCACCUGGGUAGCCACCGCCACAGCAACCAACAAAGUCGACGUUUGUGCCUCCUUCAAGCCCUUGGGCUCGAAGAUUUCUAGCCCCAACGGCUGGCCAAACCUCGGCUGGGCAUCGUCUUUCACGGACUGCUGCCGCACCUGCUACAACACGCAGAACUGCGUGUUCUUCGACUUCAACCCUCUGCUCUGGACGUGCACCACCUACACCAACGGUGCGAAUAAGGACUGCGUUACGAACAGCUGUCCGAAGGGUAAGGCUGACGUGUCGCUCAGCCCGCUCAACGCGUGGAGCAAGGACCAAUACGGUUACGGUCCUUGCGCCGGCGCUGGUGCUGCGUGGUCUUAGACAGACUUGGCCGUCGGUUACAUAUUUUUAGGAAAGUAUAUAUAAUCUUUAAUGGUAUGAGGACAUGCGGGUCUCCUCGCUGCGGAGAAUA